AAACCUCUAACAAGAUUGAUUGUUCCAACUGUCAUAAAGCCCGUGUUGAAUGCGUUCCUGCAUCGAAAGAUUCCGUUCCUGCAUCGAGAGGUUCCGUUCGAGCUGACUUAAAUCUGAAGAACUGAGUCCGGGUGAGUUAACUCGGUGAAACCAGUCAGAACCGAGUUGUCGUUCUUCCUCCAUUUCAACGCUCUGCCUCAACGCCAAUUGUGUGCCUUUGAUGACCGUAAUUUAGAACCUGCGAUUGGAUGUUGGCAAAAACAGAGGGUUUGUGAAAUUAGGGUUUAGGUUGAUUUUGGUGAGAAUUGGGGAAGAUGAUGAUGAUGCAAAGGGAAGGGAAAUGUUUUUAAUUUUUGUACACAUCAAUCCUUAGACAUAUGGUAUUUGCAAAAUAGCCCCUGUAUAAUGAAAUGACAAGAAUACCCUCAUGUGCAAGACACUGACCAUACUUAACCAAAAAAUCUAACUGGGUUUGACCUAAAGGUUAAAACGGGCAAGAUUUUGAAACAUAAAGUACAAAACUUGCAAAGUUUUGCGCUAAAGGACAUCGUCUGCAAAAUGGUGUAAACAUAAAGGACAAAACUUGUAAUUUAUUCUAAAAAAGGUUUUUUAACCAUAAAAACAAAAAAUUUUGAUCCCAACCCACCAUUUUAGGUUGUCAUUUUUCACCCGCCCACCUUCCACCGGAAAAAAGAAGCAACCACCACCACCGCUUGCCGUCCACACUAACCGUCCACUCUACAACCGUCUAUCCACGUGUCACUCAACUCAUUUACACAGAAACCGCCUAAACCCUGAAAAGUAGCGUAUUUUCCGGGGGGGAAUUAAGUUCCGUCAAGAAAUGAAAAAUCAAAUUGAAAUGCUGAUAUCACUGGCUAAAUUCCAACUGAUGUGCUUUAUUGCAAUUUUAAUGACUUUGCAAUCUGAUUCCACUUGUCACAUUGAUCACCGUCUCAACAUGCUAUUUUUAGACUACUGAUCGAUAUGAUAAGGUGCGUGUUAUGAACCCUUCUUUUUUAUUUUUAUAGCGUUCAGGUUUUUCACAAUUUCAUUGCCGGUUCAGGUUUUCUGAGACUCCAUAUUGCUGCAUUACCAAAAGAUCUCAAGUAUUAAACAGGUCCAUUAUUAGUUUCUAGCAAGGCGUAUUUUGAGUAGAAUUAUGUCAGAGGGAAGAGGAAUUAAUGCUUGUGAAGAGAGUCAUGAUCUGGGCUUAUCGUCAUUUCCUGAAGAAAGGCAGAAUAUUGAUAUUGGACAACAAAUCUUCUGUAAUAGUGCUGUAAAUAUGAAUAGUAUAGUUGCCGUGGGCUUCGACAUGGACUACACUUUGGCCCAGUACAAACCCGAAACUUUCGAAUCUCUGGCGUACUAUGGUACUGUCGAAAAGCUGGUCAGAAACCUGGGUUAUCCUAAAGAGCUACUGGAAUGGUCUUUUGACUGGACUUACAUGGUUAGAGGCCUUGUCCUAGACAAAAAGAGAGGAAACAUACUUAAGAUGGACAGGCACAAGUACGUGAAGAUAGCGUACCAUGGAUUCAGAUUGUUAUCCAAGGAUGAAAAAGUCGCUACAUAUGGGAACACUUUUAUUAAAGAUGCGUUCGAUGGUCCAGAUUAUGCGCAUAUUGAUACGUUUUUUUCACUAGCCGAAUCAUAUCUUUUUGCUCAGCUUGUUGAUUAUAAGGAUAAUAACCCCGGACAAAUCUCAGAAGUAAAAGACUACUCUCGUAUCUAUGCUGAUGUCCGCUCUGCUGUUGAUAUGUGCCAUCGUGACGGAACUUUGAAGGAAAUGGUUGCGAAAGAUCCAAAAAAGUAUAUCAAUGAGGAUGACACUAUUAUUCCAAUGCUGAAAAUGCUGAAAAGUUCUGGACGCACAGUAUUUUUAGUGACAAACAGUCUUUGGGAUUAUACGCAUGUAGUGAUGAACUUUCUUAUUGAGGCACGUACGAUCAAUAGCAGCUCCUCCUUGAGCUCUAAUUGGCUCCAAUAUUUUGACUUUGUCAUCACUGGCAGUGCUAAACCAAGCUUCUUCCAUGAUAAAAAUCGUGCUGAUCUUUUUGCGGUUGAGACGGAGUCAGGGAAGCUUAUUAACACCGACAAUGGUACUCCGCUUGCUCAGGUGGGAGGCCCUGCUGCAGAAUUGCCAGAUCAGAUCCCAAAUAAGCAUUACAAGGUGUUUCAGGGAGGCAAUGUCAGCCAUCUGCAUAAGCUACUUAAUGUGGGGUCAAGUUCACAGGUUUUGUACGUUGGUGAUCAUAUAUACGGGGACAUCUUACGAAGCAAAAAAGCUCUGGGUUGGAGGACAAUGUUUAUUGUUCCAGAACUUGAAAAGGAGGCUAGAAUUCUUUCAUCCUCAUCGGAGACUCGAAAGAAACUAAAAUUGCUCAGGGGUGAGCGAGAUAAGAUUGAAGAUCAAGUCCAUCAUUUGAAGUGGUCCCUUGAGCAUGAAGAUAUGGAUAACAGUGAAAAGGAAAAGCUCAUUGCGAAGCUGGAGCUACUUGAGGGUUACCGCGCACGUGUUCGUGCAGCUCAUCAAGAGGCCCAGAGAAGUUUCCACCAGCAGUUUCAUCCCGUGUGGGGGCAGCUUAUGAAAGCUGGACAACAAAACUCCCGCUUUGCACACCAGGUGGAGAGAUUUGCUUGUCUGUACACAAGUGAAGUUGGAAAUCUGGGGCUAUACUCUCCUAACAAAUACUAUAGGCCAGGGGAGAACUUCAUGGCUCAUGAGUCAAAUGUCAUCUCUUUGUGAAAAA